AACAAGACAGCCAGCACAGCCUGAUAGUCAUCCUCAGCUCCUUCCAAUAUAAGAUUUGACUCAGGCAACUAAAUUAUCUCCUUAAAUAAUAUGAUUUGCUUGUCUGCAGCUUUCUCUGUGUGGACAAAUUCUUCUGUCAUGAUGUAUAAUGGUUGAGUUGGAACCAAGUGCAGAAUGAAAAUGACAGCUGUUUGCUAAUUGGAAUAGAGAUCUGAUUUAAAAAGUGACCUUUACAUUUAAGAAAUUGUAUUACGUCUAAAAAGUUCAUGGAGCAAUCCCCUAUCACACCCACAAGCGAAAAAAAUUGGGCAACGAGGGAGGCGGGGCACAGAGGAACCGGACCCUGCCCUUCUACACACAGAGACAUGCUCUCUCCUGUCCAGUAGGUGGCGGUAAUGCACCUGCAUAAGCUGCUUACCAACCGUCAAAAAAAGAAUAAGAAGUUUUAUUUUUUUUUUUCCUCCUAGUGCGUUAUCCGGAGUAAAACGCUGAAAACAGCUGGAAUUUAGGUUCUCAUUAUACGCAUUGCAAAACGACAAAACUGGCCCCUCCACUGCCUGUCACCAUGCCCGCCCUGCUGGAGAGACCCAAGCUGUCCAAUGCGAUGGCCAGAGCCCUCCAUAAGCAUAUAAUGAGGGAGAGGGAGCGCAAGAGACAAGAGGAAGAGGAAGUGGACAAAAUGAUGGAGCAGAAGCUGAAGGAAGAGGAGGAGAGGAAGAGGACAAAAGAAAUCGAGGAGAGGAUGUCCUUAGAGGAGACCAAAGAACAGGUCAUGAAGAUGGAGGAGAAACUUCAGGGACUCCAAGAAGAGAAACACCAGCUUUUUCUGCAGCUUAAGAAAGUCCUCCACGAGGAGGAAAAGAGACGCAGGAAGGAGCAGAGCGAUAUCACAACCUUGACAUCAGCCAGCUACCAGCCCAGUCUGUCCAUGCACACAGGACAGCAUCUCCUCAGCAUCCCAGGAAGUCCGGUGAGUCACAGCCGACCCGGCGCCCUGCUGGGAGAACGGAGCAAGCAGCUGUUCCCAGCCUCUGUCAUCCCGACCCGUCAUUAUCAGACGCCCGGGUUCAGCUCCAGCUCGGCAGAACACGGCCAGUUCAGCGGCAGUCAGGGGGUCCACGAGCCCUACGGCGUGGCCGCGUCCCAGCACCCCUCCACCUACGCCCCCGGACCCUCUGUACCCGUGAGCUUCGCCAGCAGCUCUCAGAUCAGAGGAGCGUCUGCUUUCCAAGCCAUGCAGUACCUCCCUCACCAGCAGACGGGCUAUCCUGUUCACAGCCACUUCGCCUCCCAGCCUGGAUUCAUCUCUGGAGCUUCGAUACCCCUGCAGAAGCAGCUGGAACACGCCAACCAGCAGUCGGGCUUCACAGAUGCAGGAGCUUUGAGGCCCAUGCAUCCCUCUGCAAUGCAUCCUUCUGCUUCAGGUCUGCUGCCCACACCCAUGGUCCAGAUCCCCACAGCCAAGGCUCCGUUUCAGAGCUCCCCACAGGGGGCCCCACGUCACAGCUUCCUCGCCCACAGCCAGAGUGGGCAGAGGUUCUACCACCACAGCAAGUAAAGCUCGGCCACCUUCGUCUUUCUUCUUCUGCUGCAGCUUCACCGCUAUGAGGAGGAACCCGUUGCGGAUCACUCUGGAUUUCAAAUAAAAACAUAGAUUGAUUUGUGCCAUAAUGACUAUAACUUUCACAAUGUAGUUAUUUUGACUUUUAAUAAGCUAACAAGAAAAGCUAGAAUUCACGUGAUUCCGUUGUUUUUCCUUGCUUUAAUUUUUUUCCACAACUUUUAAUGAAUAACAUUUGUAAGAUAUUCAUUAAAAGUUAUGCUGCGUAGAGCCUUGUGGCCAGCAGGGGGCGCACAAGAGCAUUCGAGUCAAAAUUAUGUCAGAACUUAAGUCUAGAAAGGAUGGGCAUACUUUUAUAUUUACUCAGAUACCAAAUUACCGAUUUUAACAACUUUCUACGUUGAACCUCUAACCUUGUGGAAUGUUUUAAUUUUUCCAACUUACAAUUUUGUUAAUUCCAUACAGAAACCACCAUAAAACAGCGACGAAAAGACAAGGAAUUUGUGAAUUAGUUCUGAUGAAACGGGAAAUUUAAAGUUGUUUAAAAGGUUACAAGAAAUUAAUAUUACCUGCAACAUACAAUUCUUAUGACAUCUUUAGUUGUCAGCCUUUUGUGUAAAUCCAGGUUAUUUGGACUCAGGUGCUAAAGCUAACGGCUAGUCCCAAGACAGACUAAGACCAGCUUUGACUUUUACUGCCUUCGACAUCUUCGAUCUCAAAAACAUCAGAUUAUGUGAAGAGUUUUCUGUUGAACUUUAAAUCAUUGUCAAUUUUGGAUUAAAUUAUUACAAAAAAGUAAACAUCAGCACAUUAGAAACAAAGGCUAGAGGCGGUGCGCCACCGAAGAUCUUCCUGUGUGAAACACGUAAAGCAUUUUCAAUCAGAGCAAAUAUUAUGAAGGAAGAAAAAAAAUCCCAAUAUAAUGUUUAAAUGGACACGUUGAAGAUGGUUUUUAUUUUUUAACUCAUUUAUAUCAGCUACUCCAACCAGGAACGCUGCAGAUGUUUCAGGAAGACCACUGGUGGUGCACCGCCUCCCACCUGCAUUUCUAUGUGAAAUGAGCAGAACCUCGUUUCACAAUAAAUCCUCAAUUCUCCUCUUAGAAGUGGUUCUCCUGGUUCCGACUGUGUAACGGACCUCCAGAUGUGGCCGAGCUCAGUUGAAAGGAAGCUUAUUUUGAAACUGGUCUGAAACCUUUUCAUGGUCUUAAACGUGCGUCAAACUGUUACUUUUCUAUUAAGCCGACCUGUUUUCUUUCCUCGCAGGUGGUUAGAUUCACUCUGGUCCUCACUCAGGCUCGUAAACUUUGUGUUAAUACUUUGGAGCGUUGCUCUUUGUUUUGUCGUCCUCUGCGGCAUUAACUGGCUUAAAGCAUUCGUUUAAAACUGGCUAAAUAAACAAUAAGUCACACUCA